ACACUUUUCGUUUCUCAAUUUAUCGAUUCCAGUUUCAAAGAGAUAGUAGCAGUAACAUCGAACGAGGAACUAAGCACUGACUCAAAGUCUCUGAGCAACAACAAUGGACAGAGAAUGGGGUUCAAAACCAGGAAGCGGCGGAGCAGCCACAGCUCAAAACGAAGCAAUAGACCGCCGUGAACGACUCCGACGACUCGCUCUCGAAACAAUAGAUCUAGCAAAAGAUCCCUAUUUCAUGCGAAAUCAUCUCGGUAGUUAUGAAUGUAAACUCUGUCUUACUCUUCACAACAACGAAGGUAACUACCUCGCUCAUACUCAAGGGAAACGCCAUCAAACCAAUCUCGCUAAACGUGCUGCUCGUGAAGCUAAAGAUGCUCCUACUCAACCUCAGCCUCAUAAGAGGAAGGUUAACAUGAAGAAAUCUGUUAAGAUUGGGAGGCCUGGGUAUCGUGUGACUAAGCAAUUUGAUCCUGAUACCAAGCAAAGAUCUCUCCUUUUUCAGAUUGAAUAUCCUGAGAUCGAAGACCUCGCAAAGCCGAGGCAUCGAUUUAUGUCCUCCUAUGAGCAGAGGAUUCAGCCAUUUGAUAAAAGAUACCAGUAUCUAUUGUUUGCAGCUGAACCUUAUGAAACAAUUUCUUUCAAGGUACCAAGCACAGAAAUUGACAAGUCCACUCCAAAGUUUUUCUCGCAUUGGGACCCAGAUUCAAAGAUGUUCACACUGCAGUUGUAUUUUAAAACCAAGCCACCAGAGGCAACCAAACCACAGCCGCCUGCCUCUGCACCCAAUGGCACCACAGCACCUGGUGUUCCGCCAAGGCCUAUGCCCCCACCACCACAAGCUCCACUACCACCACCACCACCUCCUCCACAAGGGCUACCUCCCGGUGCACCUAUGGGUAAUCCUCCACGGGCCCCUCCACCUCCAAUGUCAGGAUCAAUGCCUCCACCACCUCCUAUGGCUGCAAACGGUCCUAGACCUGGUGCGAUGCCGCCUCUUCCACCGCCAGCCCCCAUUGGGACCAGACCUCCAUCAAUGCCACCUCCACAAGGUUUUCCAGGCCAACAAAUGCAGAGCUAAGGCAGUAUGCUGAUGAGUGUUGGAGUGUUUAAAAGUUGUGGUUGGAUGCACCUUUAUCCACUAAGGCUCAAAACACUACCCCAAAUUGCCUAUACGUUCCUCAUUGCAUCUCAUUUUUUUAAUUUACGAAUUUAUACAUUGAUGUAUCAAGUUGUCUGGUAUUUAUUAUUUAUGUUGACCAUGGUCCACAAAAUGUAGUUCUCCAUUCCCUUGGUAUAGAUGGGAAUUUUUUGGCUUGGCCAGUAACUGUUUGUUUACAGGAAAUCGUGAGACUGAUUACUAAAACAAGUACAUCCGCAGGCAUCUGUGUCGAUGUAAUAACAUCGUUGCUUUAUCUUUAUUGCCUACCUAAA